CAGUUCCCAGAAUGGCUCUGGUUCAAUCCACAACACUUGCUCGCCUCAACGUCCCGUUAUCGCCGAUUCUAUCCACACUCCAUGCUCGGUCGUCCCUCUUUCUCCGGAGGAAAAUUCGACCGUUGACGCAUCCGCGGAAGCUUCUCUGCCCUCCGCCUCGGGGCAAGUUUGUUAGAGAAGAUUAUCUUGUGAGGAAAGUAUCAGCUGAAGAACUUCAAGAGCUGGUGAAAGGAGAGAGGAAGGUGCCGGUCAUUGUUGACUUUUAUGCGACUUGGUGUGGACCUUGUAUCUUGAUAGCUCAAGAACUCGAAAUGCUUACAGUAGAGUAUGAGAGCAAUGCAAUGAUUGUGAAAGUUGAUACAGAUGAUGAGUACGAGUUUGCACGCGACAUGCAGGUCCGGGGCUUACCUACAUUGUUCUUCAUCAGUCCUGACCCAAGCAAAGAUGCAAUCAGGACAGAAGGGCUAAUUCCAUUACAGAUGAUGCGCGAUAUCAUCGACAACGACAUGUGAAGUCUUGUCCCGAAGAAACACUUUCUUGCUUUAGGAUUGAAAUAGUUUAUUUGACUUUUUGAGGAUGCGGUAAGAACGUCAUUUAGUUUCAUAAGAAAAUGUAAACGAGAUGAAUGUAAUCUAAGAAUUUUAUAUGUAUGCAGUGUUAGAUCUGA